GAUUAUGAUUAUGAUUAUAUUUUGUGAAAAGACGGUCAAGAUCUCUCUACUUGAUAUACCAUCCGACUACUUUUUGGCACACAUCUUGCACUCUGGCGGGUUUUUGAGGACUUGGCUGCUAAAGGGAGUAUCAUCAAUCACCAAUUAUCUUCAAAGUUCUUUGCGCUGUUUACUUGUAUUUUUGUAUCUGCAUCCAUACCUGCAUCGAUGUAUAUCUUGCCUGCCAGUUUCUGUUAGUACAAUUGAUUGUCACUGCCUGUUCUGUUCCUCUUUCCUCUUUCCUCUUUCCUCUUUCCCCUUUCCCCUUUCUUAACCUUCUUUUCCAUCAUCUCGCGUCCCCAGGCCCUUCAUCCAACAUGUUCAGCACCCGCCACAAAUAUUUCUCUGCACAGCCACCCGCCACAGCCACCCGCCACAACCAACCGACGUCACCUGCAUUUUCAAUUGGAAUGGAUCUCCCUAAAAUCAAGUUUCCUCUCUCGAUCUCUCGAUUCUCACCACAUUCGAAAAGGCAUCAACCAUCCUGCCUACUAAUAAGUACCUCCACUAGGCAAUUCCAACAUCAUGAUUGAUUCAUGAGCCACAGGACCCUGAAAAUUCUUAUUAGUAAUUACCUACCUAGUACUAGGACAGAAGUACCGUCAGCCAAGACCCUUUCCCCAGCAACUUCCAACCCGCUUACUUCCCAUUCGCGUGCUUUUCUUUACUCUCUUCCAAGAUGACGUGAAAUUGACCAGGACUUGAUACCUGUAUAUUUUCCUUAUCAACAUGGACAACUUGCUUUGCCGUCAUAUGUACAUCACAUAGAUGAUAACUUCUCCCAAUAGGUUGUCACACAUUCACCACUUAUUGCCAAAAUUAAAUCGAGAUUACAACCCUUUUUCCCAGUUUGAAGUCCCUAAACCCACAAUUUCCCUGAAUUCAGGAACUCACUCCUACGUUCAUCAAACUCUUUGUAUAAAGAUAGCCGACAUGUCCCCUCAUGUCUCAAUUCCAAUUUCAACUCCAAUCCCAAUCCCAUUAGCAUCAUCUCCACAAACACAAAUCGUACCCAGAAUUAAAAACGACGACCAAUUACCCGAUAAAGCCGCACUAAGAACUCUAUCUUCCUUUAUCAAAACUUAUCGAGAGACUUCAAAUCAAUCUACGACUUCGAUACCCAUACCGCAAGAAUAUACACAAGCACAACCGUCACCUCUUGCACAAACCCACGCACUACCCCAAACACCCACCACCACAACACCACCACCAAAGCAAACCCCAACUCUCAAAAUGGCCCACACAACCACAACCGUCACCACCAAACCCUCCCUCCUCUCCCGCCUCCGUGGCGCCAAGACCCACCGCCGCACCUACGAAAACACCACCACCCACAGCACCCACCACCGCAAACAACGCACCUGGGGUCGUCGUCGUGCAGGCGUCACCGCCCAACCUGUUCAUCACCACCACCGCAAACCAAGCGUCGGUGAUAAGAUUAGCGGUGCGCUGUUGAAAUUGAGAGGUAGUUUGACCAGGAGACCGGGUUUGAAGGCAGCCGGAACCCGCAGAAUGAGAGGAACUGAUGGAAAGGGUAGUCAUCACACUGUUGCAUAUUAAGCUACCUUGUCUCUCUAACCUGACAUCACAUUACAUCACAUCACAUUGUACUAUACUAUAUUAUACCCUUUUACCUUUUCGCAUGCAUGGACGCUUGGAUGGAUGGAUAACUGCAGACAUGCAUCACGAAUUACGAACGAUCGAUAGUAUUGUAUGGAGAUAAAUGGUUACGGCGAUACCCAGAGGAGAGCAGGGGAGAUUUGAAGUUUUUUGCUGUUAAUGAAGUUGAAGUGGACGUUUUAGCGUAGCGAGCGGGACUUUAUAUCCAAAGGAAGAUCAAUAAAAUAUUACAUCACUGUGAAUCAUCGAGCUUAUUUGACUG